AUGGGAAUCCACGGCUUGUUCGCUCAGAUUGGACAUGGACAGCGGAUUUCCUUGGCCAAGCUGUCCGCGCAGUACUACACAACGAACAACCGGCCCUUCCGCCUUGCGAUCGACAUCAGCAUAUGGCUCUUUCAGAUACAGUCUGGGAAAGGCGGCUCCAACCCAGCCUUACGGACUUUCUACUAUCGGCUUCUCCGACUACUCAGCUUGAACAUCCACCCACUGUUUGUUUUUGAUGGUCCAAACAAGCCCCUCUUCAAGCGGAACAAGAAGGUCGGCGGACCCGGCGUUCGAGUCGCGAGCGUCCCGGAGUUCCUGGCAAAGCAGCUUCUGAAGCAAUUCGGCUAUCCAUGGCACGUGGCACCCGGGGAGGCGGAAGCAGAAUGUGCGCUGCUACAGCGCGAGGGCAUUGUGGAUGCUGUUCUGAGUGAGGACGUCGAUACGUUGAUGUUUGGAUCUGGUGUCACAUUACGAAACUGGACUGCCGAGAACACAACGAAAACGCCUACCCACGUUGACGUGCACCGAGCUGACGAAACGAAGUCAAAAAGCGGACUCGACCCCAAUGGCAUGAUUCUGGUUGCUUUAAUGAGCGGAGGCGACUACCUGCCGGAAGGCAUUCCUGGAUGUGGACCUAAGCUGGCUUGUGAUGCUGCGAGGGCUGGCUUCGGCAAUGAUCUCUGUGCUUUGGGAAGGAAAGAUGCUGCAGGACUUGACGGAUGGAGGGACAGGCUACGCCACGAAGUCAAAACGAAUGAGUCAAAGCUGUUCAAACGACGUAACGCAAGUCUUGUCAUCCCAGACGACUUUCCCAACCGCGAAGUCCUUGGCUUUUACACCCAUCCCUGCGUUUCGACUGCCGAGAAGCUGGCCCGCUUGAGACAGGAACUGAAGUGGGAUCAGCCGAUGGAUUUCGCAGCUCUGAGAAGUUUUGCUGGGGAUGCAUUCGACUGGAGAUGCAUUGGCGGUGCGAAGAAGUUUAUCAAGAAUCUUGCUCCAGCUCUGCUUAUCCGUGAGUUUCGAUUGCGUGGCGCUGCAGUCGAGCAGCUAGAAUUGGGGGCACAAGAAGAGAGGGAGCAUGAGAUGAUCUUGGCAAUCCAUGGCCAGCGAAAUCACAAAACCCUCGAUGGUGAGCUGGAGUACCGGAUAUCGUUCGUCCCUGAGAAGUUCGUGCCUAUCGACUUGAGCAUUGAAGAUGAAGACGACGAGAUCGUUCCAGCUGGCGGGCCAGAAGAUGACACAAGUGAUGCCGAGUCUGACUUCAUGCAGCUGCCCUCCAGCACGCAGGACGAGAACGGUGAGGAGGCACCCAAAUCACCAAAGAAACGCAACUUCAAGCCAUACGAUCCAUCUCAGCCAGAGAAGCUGUGGAUCCAGCGAACAUUCUUGCAAAUCGGCUGCCCGCUGCUGGUCGAGGACUUCGAAUCGACGAGCAAAGAUCCGAAGGAGUUCUUGAAGCAGAGACGGCAAGCUCGCGCCGUCGGCAAGGGCAGUCUGAACAUGCACUCAGCAAAGCCGAGAGCGAAGAAGUCGAAGGCUAAAGCAAACGAUAUGCCGGCAAAUGCCAUCAUGAACUACGCGAGGGUCACAAAGCCUGGCAGUGGACGUCAGCCGAAAGACAAGAGCCAGGAUCCGAUGCCUUCGUCGCUCAACGGGGCGAGUGGCAGCGAAGGCUUAAGCGAGAAAGAGUUCGCCGCUGUUGCGACAUUCAAGCUGCCAUCCACACAGAUCCCAGCAGAUUUAUAUCUGCCUGCAAGCAAUCGGGCGGGCGCCUCGGAAACCGUUGAAGUGCUGGAUCUGGCCAUGUCUAGUCCGGCCGCAGUUCGUCCGAAGGCUCACCAGGAUACCAGCUCAGCGCACUCGUCCUCCGCAGCUGCCCUUGCACCAAGAAAUGCUAAUGCAAGUCGCAAUGCGCCGUCUCAAGGUCGCGAUAUCGAGAUGGAGAAGACGCUGAAAAGGACCAAUAAGAAGAGACCCCCGCCUGAUUUCUCCUCGCCAGCAUUGAGCCAAAGAACUAUAUUCUCCUACUACCCGCCUUCGCCUCGCAAGCCGAAGGAAGUUGUCGCUCGGCAGGAGCCGGACAUAGUGGACUUGCUUUCAUCGCCCACAAUCAAUCGCAGUCCCCUUCACAAGGCUCCCAGCGAUUUCGGCAGUGCAGGAAGCCGGCCACUCACCCCGACACCACCAAAUAUCAGGUCACAGUUUGUUCGCACUGCAACCACCAUCGCAGAUCCAGAGCUCGACUACUCGCCUGGUAAGCUCCCGGAUACCGUGACUAAAAGGCGGAAGAAGGGUGCUCUCAAGCGUUGGCAGACUGAGCCGGCGAUUGGACCUACCGACGACGGAGACGGUCUGUUUGUUUCCCCAGCCAGGCCGAGCACUCCGUCCGGACUUGCCGGUGGAUUCGGUCGUCCAAUCGAGAUCGAUAGUCCGGCCUCCGACGAUGGUGACCUCGCCAGUCCAUCUGCUUUCCUUCGUCCGCAUCGCGGCUCGACGGAUGUGGGCGGCGGCUUCCUUCUGCCUGAUGAAGAUGGCGAUCUGACUCCGAGGCCGGUGCAUCGACACAGUGCGGAUCUAGUUCCUGCUGCGCAACCAGAGGUGGAAGAACGUGCGAGUCAAAGUCAUCCUCCGCCGCUUCCAGAUCUAGACGAUGAUGAGGAAGAGCUGCCGCCCAUAUUGGAGCUUCCGGCGAGGGAGAUUACGGCGAAACCGACCACAUCUAUGCCGUCUCACUCAGCACCCAGCGCCCGACGCUCGCCUCGUGCACAGGCUUCAGCCACCCAGCCCAUCCGCAAGUCACCGCGACAGCAUGUUCUGAAGAAGCGCAUCCACCUCCGAGAAAGCUUGGAGGGCUCAUGGAAAACGGUGGAUGCGGAGGCGAUUGACAUGACGGGUGAUGGCAGCGGAUGGAAGAACAGCGGCGGUAAAGCGAAGCUGCAGGGCUGGAGGAAGAGCGGUGUUGAGGUUUUGGAUUUGACUGGAGCGUGA